GUUGAUUUUUUGACAAGGAAAGAAAAGGCGAAAGGUUCCUGUGUGAAAAAUUCACCAAAAGUCUGGAUUGCCAAGAAUAUAAAAGAAGAAAAAAAUACAUUUUUUUUUUAAAGGAAAUUUUCACUCACAAUUCCUUUUAAAUUGUACACAAUUUAUUAUCAACUUAUUCUUAACAUAUUAGAAUCAUUAUUUUAAUUAAUUCUAAAUGUAGUACAAAACUGCAAAAAAACGUAUUUAUUUAAUUCACUCUUUUUUUAUUUGUAAAUGGGGAAAAGAAAAGAAGGAGUUUUGUUAUAAUAAAAAUAAUGUGCGACGUGUGUGCUGAUUUUUUGCAUCUUCUGGAGACAUAUGAGGUCAGGAUCACCAGCAAUGAUGCAAAGCAUACCGCUCUACUCAAGAGCGAAAUCGAAAUCGCUUUUGGCUACAUACAAUCAUGGCCACAAAGACAAUGCAUGUGUCUCUACAGAGACAUUAAGAACUUUGAAAGAUUCAAUCUAAUUGUUCAGUCAAUGAUAUGUCUGGCAUUGCAUUAUUUAAAAAAUGUACACAAGCUUGUUGAAGAGUACAAGAUUAUGGCAGCUGCCAAUAUCUUCAGUACUUUAAUCAAGCCAAGUGAUCUUGCCGAACAGCAAGCACAAACAUCCGGUGCAGAUUCAAAAGAUGACAACACAUCGGAAUCGGACAAAAAGCAAGACGAAGGUGCUUUGCAUCGAAUUGUCCACACUGAAGAGAAAUGGAUAUUACCCGAAAUAGAGAAGCUUUUGAUAUUGGUAUCAAAGGCAUUUCUCCUUAAUUUUCCUCUCUAUAUUGCCUACAAGCAUGGAACACACUCACGUCUUGAUGAGAUUUCGUCCGAAGAAGCUGCACAUUUGAGUAUUGUUUGUGAUUUGCAUGACAACGAAAUUCCAGUGUAUUUGCUUCGCAAUAUAAGCUUGUUCUGCAAUUCGGGCGGAUUCUCCGCAAUGAUGGCCGCCUUCGACCAUCCUGACUUGCCAGUUACAUCGGCACAUGCCAUAACAGCAACUGUCUCGAAUAUUAAACUAUGGCUAAACUACAGGUGCAUCAUUCAAUUAUUUGUGCCAUUGCGGAGUAAAGUUUUGCAAUACAUGUGUCACUUGUCUGACCAGAAUCUUCGAUCGGCAGCUACUCGAUCAAUGGCAGACUUUGUGUGGUCGGCAGUUAGGGAUCCACUUGAUUCGUCGGUUAACUUUGACAUCGAAGGAUUGGCUUUGGCUUUUAAAUAUUUUAAUUCAACAACUUUGACAAUGCGACUAGCUGGUAUGGCACAAAUAAAUGCACACAUUAAUCUUUUCAAUGAAAUCUGCACAACAGAAACUGUUGGAGAAGUUGAACUUGUUGGCCAAAAACUUGGCGAUUGGCUAACUGAAAAUCAAAUCAUUGAACACUUGUUCGGACCGAAUUUACAUGUCGAAGUAAUUAAACAAGCACAUGUGGUUUUGAAUUUUCUUGCAGUUGAAAACCAAAUCACUGAAGAACACAUAAAUUUAAUUUGGCAAGCUGCACAAUUGAAACAUUGCUCAAAACCUAUUUAUGAUAUACUUCCAUCGUUGGUUAAAAAUCUAUCGCCACGUCCUGCUUUGCAUUUAUAUUCGCUUCUUUGUCGAUUGGAUCCAAAAGAACAUACAGAACAAAGUAUUUACAUUGCAUCGGCAUUAACUAAGCUCAUUUGGUCACGUGAUGGUGGUCGUUCGCAAAUUGAGCUGGUUCCAGAGAAUAUAUUAGCUGCGAAUGUAACUGCAUCGAGUUCGGAUAGUGGAAGCAUGGAUGGCAGUAAUACUGAUGAAGAUCAGCAAGAUGAUAGCAGCUCAACUAGCCGCAAGAGCCCUAUUGAUAUAGAAAAUGGUGGAUCAGAUUCUGGUGCUCCGCCACCAUGUAAACAAGCCCGAAGAAAGCGACAUGUUUGUGACCCAACUGAAGUUUUUACUUAUUUCUAUUCACUCUUAGAAACAGCCAAAACAAAGGGCGAAGAGAUAUCCGAAAUAACUGCUUUAAAAGCCAAAACUGAUUUAGCAUUGCAAAACCAUAGAAUGGUUAACAUUGUUGACAAUUCAAGUAGCGAAGAGGAACUUCAUCAACCCUCAGUUAUUCCUAUUCGCAAAAAAACACGUAAACGCAGGAAAAACAAUAAUCUACCAUUAAGUCGUUUGGCUCAUGAGCUUGUUGAAACCAUCUGGGAAGGAGAAUCCCACAGUGAAGGCGAAGUAAUAAAUGACAGUGAUUGCAGUGAUAACCCUGUUCCAGCCGCUGUUCUUAAACAUCUACAAGGCGAAGGUCCAUAUAUAAGAGCAAUUGGUGAAGCACACAUAAGUGAACUCCUUAGCGGUGUGGAAAACGAUGGUAGCUAUUCCUCACCAAUGAGCAAUAAAUCUGAAAAAAAUUUAGCAGAUUUUGACGAUGAUGAAUCUCCUUGUGAAGAAGAACUUGCCCAAUUGGUUAGUCGAACACAUAGUUGUAUACCUGGUUUUGCAUUGCCAUCCAUUGCAAUGCGAGAGUCUUCUGUGUCGGGAGAAUCUAUUAAAGUUAUUCAAUCGGGUUCGUCGGGUGGUGGUGCUGUGAAGAGUGUGCAAGGUAAACCAGAAGAGACACCAACUACUGCUGCAGUCGAACAAACAACUAAAGAGUCCUCUCAACCAACUUUUACAAUAAACGAUGUUUGCUUACCAGGAAACACUUUACUGUGGGAUCUAUUGCAAGAUGAUAAAAUUGGUCAAUUGGGUGAAUCAUUAGCAUUAGACGCUGAGAAAGCUCUGGCAACUUUGUUAUGUUUUAGCACAGAUCGAUUAUUACGUACAAAAUUCAUUGAAGGCUGCCUACACAAUUUGGCUAACAAUAAAAGUGUCAUUGUUAGUUUAAAAUUACUGCCAAAGCUAUUUGCUUCCUUUCAACAAUUCCGAGCUGCUGAUACACAUCAAGUAACAAUGUGGGCCGAACGACAGCACAAAAUGAUGUAUCAUUUCUUUAAUAAUAUCAAAGCCUAUGCUAGGGCACAUAGUAUUGGAAGUGAUAUGCUUGUGCUUAAUUCAAAUGGAUCUCCAAUGUAUUCGCACAAAACUCAAGUCUCGGUAAGGUUGCAUUUUCUAUCAUCGGUUUUUAGUUCGUUAGGAUCACCGAAAAACUUUAGAUUGAGCCUCGAACAAGUUGAUGCCCUUUGGGAAUGGUUAGCACAUGAUCCUGAAUGUUGUGAUUGUUAUUUUUCAUGGCUUCAAAGUCAAGCCAAAGGUGGUGAUCAGCAUGCACUAGGAAUUGAAGCUUUGCAGCAUUUGUAUUUGAAAAAAUUACCCGAACUGCGGCCGGAAGAAUUUUCAAUGGUUGCAUUGAUGUUGUUUCAACAAUUAUGUAGUUUGGCCAGACUUGCCAUUGCUCAUUAUGAAAAGCAAAUGGAAUCAAUAUCAACUACAUCAUCAAACAUAGUCGGAAUGUUUCAUCUUUGGAAAAUUGCUUUGCGAGCCCAUAAUACAGAAGUAUCUCUGGCAGCUAUCCAGUAUAUUAAUAUGUAUUACAUGGGUCAGCAGUUAAGGCUGGAGAAAGAAUUUGUAUCACAGUGCAUGGAUCAUUUGGUUCAAGCUUCAAAUGGUUUACGAGGUUGUGAGGAAGAGUACGCCUUAAUGUGUGUUCAACGCGGUCUAAUGCUCUUAAACACACAUCUAGAGACUUUUCGCCGAAGAUACGCUUUCCAUUUAAGACGUUGGGCAAUUGAAGGCAAAGGAAUCGGUUCACACAGUAAUCUUAAGAACGAAGGAACAGGCCCAUCUAUUCGAAUAGUUUUACAACCAGCUGGGCUUUCAGAAAAAUCACUGUUACAUAUGCAUUCCUGUGACUUAAUAGCAGAACUUAAGGCUGAGAUUUCAAAAUGGUGGGAAAAUCUACAAGGAGGUGCACGUGCAUCUGGAGUUACAGCCCCUGUUCUGGGUCUUCUCUUGAGCGAAGGUCCACUUAGAAUUAUAACCCAGGGUCAAGAAUUAACUUCAGAAUAUGACGAGCGCAGCUUGGGUGACGUUGGUUUUAAAGAUAAUCAGAUUGUUUAUGUGUCACUGGGUGGACGAGGUGCUCGUCGCAAAGAACCACUAGAUCAUCCAACAUUACAACCACCACCGCCCAAAGAAUGCCUGCCUACUGUUCUCCUACUACAGCCAAAGUAUUUUGAAAAACUCUUUCGUUUGAUGCAAACACUUGGUGAUAUGGAAAUCCAAGGAAACAACAACAUUCAAACCCACACAAAGGCACAAUUAUUGUCUCGGCGAGUGUGGGAUAUCUUGGCCAUACUACCAACCAAUCCUAAUAUCUUGGAAUCAUUUCAAAAUCUCAGUGUAGAUCUUUUCGAAUGUGAAACGGCUGACAAUUUGGAAGAACGUAAAUUCCGAAAGGAUGCAAUUAAAAGAAAACUAGCUGAUCUCUUACAUCCUGGAAAUUUACAAAAGUUUAUGUACUCUUUGCAUAUUGUCGAAAGCUUAGCAAUGAGUAAUUUGAGUUCAGGUUCUGGUGGAUGUUGCAAUGGAGACUUCCAUAGUGCAAAACCAAUAAGUAUAAAUCGAUUGUUUAGCACAUCAUCGUCAUCCUCGUCCAAAAGUAACUCAAGUCAGUCACCGCGAAAGAGUAGUCGACGAAGAAAAGUUAGUCCAGGAGAAAGCUCAGAAAGUGGAGGCGGUGCUGAUGCUAAUAUAAGUGAUGAAAAGUCGGCAAACACUGAAAAUCCUGCUACUAAGCCUGCUGCCGAACAACAACCUUCUAAAUCGGAUCAAUCAAAAUCAAUUGUUGAAGAUGAAGAACAACCUGCGAAGAAAAAAACCGAGGAAAACAAUGAUAAUGAUUUGCCCCGAGAAGAGGAAGAAGACUAUCCAACAACUCCAAAUCCUCCAUCACCAGUCGCUUACGAUCUUAAGUGGAAUGAGGUGUUCAUUAAAUGCGGAGGCCUACAGCAUUUGUAUGACAUUUUUGUUAGUGGAAUGUUACAGAAUGGUCAUCAUGAUAAUAUCAACGAAUGGCGCCAUGACUGUCUCGCCAGUUUGCUUAGAAUUUUGUGGCUCUUAGGUUUUGAAGAACACCGAUCGGAGGAUAUUCCCGUCUCGAUUUCAAAGCCUCACACAUUUAUGCUUGAAAUGAUGGAAGUUGAUUCAUGCCUCAAGCGAUUGGCGUCGAUAUUGAACGAUGAGGCUCAUACACACUUCACUAAUCAGUUGCAUAUCCGCACUGGGUUUUGGGGUCGGGCGCAGGUGGUCCAGUAUACAAUGAAUAUAAUGGUCAGUUUUGUGCACUCUUCGGAAAAUGCACGAAUGGCUUUGUGGAAUGCCCCCGAAUACUGCGGAUGGGUGCGAAAAUUCAUUCUUGAAGAUCCCGAGCCAUCAGUGAGGCGUGAAAUAUGCGCUGGUUUGUAUCGAAUUUGCUUGGGAAACUCUCAAAGCUACCAAGAAUUAUUGGCUCCUCUGUUGCAAAAACUUAUUUCGUUUCUUCCUGUUGCCGAGAAAAUGACCUGUUUCCAACAAUCGCACACUCAUUUCGUAUCGGAUGAUGGCAAAGAGCCCUAUGGGCCAGCAUGUCGUGACUACUUUUGGCUAUUGGCAAGGCUUGUGGACACUUUAACCCCAGAAAUGGUCAAGGUAUCCCUUGAUGAACCAAACUCUAGCGCAAUAGACAUCGAAGGGUUGUGCCACACCGUAUCAAAAAGUAUUCUUUGUCGAGACUUUUACGAAACGCGUCACGGAUAUCAGGAUGAUGGAUUAGUUGGGCUCAUAAACUUAAUGACAAAUCUUGUGAAAUACGAUCCACCGUUUAAAUUCAGUCCCAAUGCUCUGGGUUUUAUUGAAAAGAUUUUUGAAUUCCUAUUCGACAUGCCAUCGCCGACUAAUCGUCAGAAGCCCAAAUGCAAAUCACCAACAUCGCGAGCGGCAGCAUACGAUUUGCUUGUCGAGCUAAGCAAAAAUAGUGCUAAUAAUUAUUCCCUCCUGCAUGGCAAGUUACUUGAGCAGCACACCCCGGGCCCACAUCCACCAUAUCCAUGGGAUUAUUGGCCACGAGAUGAUGGACGAUCAGAAUGCGGUUAUGUAGGACUAACGAAUUUAGGAGCAACUUGCUACAUGGCAUCGUGUAUUCAACAUUUAUACAUGAUGCCACAAGCUCGAGAAGCUGUACUUGUUGUUCCACCUCAAGCUGCUCAAAAACAUGGUGCAACAUUACACGAGCUUCAAAGAAUGUUUGCCUAUCUUCUUGAAUCUGAAAGAAAAUCAUACAAUCCGCGGUCGUUUUGUCGAGUCUAUCAAAUGGAUCAUCAGCCUCUGAAUACGGGUGAACAAAAAGAUAUGGCUGAGUUUUUUAUUGAUCUCGUAUCGAAACUUGAAGAAAUGACACCCGAGUUGAAGGAUCUGGUAAAAAGAUUGUUCUGUGGAACAUUGAGUAAUAAUGUCGUUUCAUUGGAUUGUGGUCAUGUUAGUCGAACAGCUGAAGAAUUUUAUACGGUACGAUGUCAAGUUGCAGAUAUGAGAAAUUUGGGUGAAUCAUUGGAUGAGGUGACGGUGAAAGAUACCUUGGAAGGUGAUAAUAUGUACACUUGUUCGCAAUGUGGCAAAAAGGUUCGUGCUGAGAAGCGUGCUUGCUUUAAGAAACUCCCUCAGAUAUUGUGCUUUAACACGAUGCGUUACACAUUUAAUAUGGUCACGAUGUUAAAAGAGAAAGUCAAUACGCAUUUUUCAUUUCCAAUGCGGUUGGAUAUGUCCAAUUAUGUGGAAAAGACACUGAUGCCUCAUCAAUAUUUAGAAGAUAGACGAAACAAAGCAUCAGCUAAGAACCAAGAUCUAGAUAAAAAGACAGAAGGUGAUAGUGGUAAGAUUGUUUCUGCCGAAAAUUGUACAGAUGAAGAAGAGGAAACAAAUGAAUACGAGCUUGUUGGAGUGACUGUUCAUACAGGAACAGCUGAUGGUGGUCACUAUUAUAGUUUUAUUAAAGAGAGAAAUGAAAAUACUCAACAACACGAUCGGUGGUUCCUUUUUAAUGAUGCCGAAGUAAAGCCAUUUGAUCCAUCACAGAUUGCUGCAGAAUGUUUUGGUGGUGAAAUGACAAGCAAAACCUACGAUUCAGUAACAGAAAAAUACUUAGAUUUCAGUUUUGAAAAAACAAAUUCAGCUUACAUGUUAUUCUAUGAGCGACGCCCAACAAACAAUCAAAUGUGGCAACGUUCAAAAAUGUCCGAAAAUCCAUGUAGCUCACAAAAUGUUCUAAUGCAAUUGCAAAUGAAAAAUGCCGAAGAAUCAGCCAAAGCAUCAUUAGAAUCUGUUACUACAGCAGUAGCUGCAUCAGCAGCAUCCGUAGCAGCAUCAUCACCAUCAACGUCAUCUAAUAUCAGUGAUCAGAAUCAAUUGGAAGUAAAUGAGACUGAAACAAAUGCCGCUAAUUUAAGUAGAAAUAAUAUUGAAAAUUCAACGAAAACCCAUAACAUAGGGUUACCACAACAAGGAACACCAUCAACACAACAAUGUGAUAUAGAAAAUAAGAACUGUAAUGGAGGAGCUGGAAAUAGUAGUGUGAUAUCAAGAAUUCCAGAUGUGGGUCGAAAGUCUUUGCUUAGCAAAGAGCUAGAAGACUGGAUCUGGCAAGACAACAGACACUUUUUACAAGAUAGAAAUAUAUUCGAGCAUACUUAUUUUAACUUUAUGUGGCAGAUUUGCGGUCAUAUACCCCAAACUCUUUUGAUGCAAAACGAUGUUACUUGCAUGGCUGCAAAACUGUCAGUGUCAUUCUUUAUAGAAACUUUUAUCCAUGCUAAAGAAAAGCCAACAAUGGUGCUAUGGGUUGAGUUACUUACAAAACAAUUUAAUGCAAGUCAAGAGGCAUGCGAGUGGUUUCUUACGCAUAUGUCAAUAGAACCCUGGUGGCCCGUUCAGGUGCUAAUACAAUGUCCAAACCAAAUGGUCCGUCAGAUGUUUCAACGUCUUGUUAUUCAUGUUAUACAGCGUUUAAGAUCUUCACAUGCGAGCUUGUACCUUAAAACCGAUACCGAUGAAAACGGCAAAGAGAGUUACGGUACUUCAUCAUGCAUUACCAGAUUCAUAUCAUCACUAAUAUUAUUAAUGGAGCAUGGAGCACGACAACAUCUUCGUCAUCUAUCCGAAUUUUUCGGCUUACUAUUUGAAUUCUCAAGAAUGGGUGAUGAAGAGACAGUUUUUCUUUUACGUGUAAAUGUUAUACGUAGUGUGGCUGAUUUUUAUUUAGGAAAUAAAAGUCAAGAUUGUAUUGAUGUGGGUUCAGAUAAUGAAGAUAACUCUUCUGAUGAAGCACUAUCUGUUGAUAAAUCUCGACCGGCAUCAUUAGAUAAAAUGAUAGCACUGGUUGCUAAUUUAGUAGAAAGAUCACGUGGACAAGAUUUUCGACUUCGACUAUCCCAAAAGGAUUACAAUGCGAUAGCUGGUGGAAAGGGAUUCCCAUUUCUUUAUCAACAAAUCAAGGACAACAUCAACCCACACCAAACCAGACAUCUUAUUCAUGCGCUCUGUCGGUGGGAUGAUAGAUUAGCAAAUCAAAUAAUCACAAUGCUCUUUGCUUCUGUCACCAAACAUACUGAAUUAUGUGGUCCAUUUUUCAAGCUUCUCACUCUCUUAACUGAACCACAAGGCGGACCAUCUGGUCUACCAUGUUUCUCACAGCUUGUCUUGCAGCGUGUUUGGGAUGCUGCCGAAUAUUGUCCUCAAUCAGCUUUAGAUUGGUUAGCGUUUCAAGCUCCGAAGAAUAAAAUAGCCCAUGCAUGGAUUCUUCAAUCGGCUGAAAGUUGGGUUGAACAAUUUCUCUUGGCGCACAAUAAUUCAAGAGUUCGAAAUGCUGCAUCAUAUUUAUUGGUAUCGUUGAUUCCAUCAACUCCAUUCCGGGCUCAUUUUAGAACAUAUUCCCUGCAUAAAAUGAAUAACACUAUAAUAUCUCCAAGAGAUCUUAACAGUGAUGCCCAGAUUAUACUCCAUAAUAUUAUCAGCUUGCUAUUGCGGUUGUUGAGACCAGCAAGGUCCUAUGCUGAUAUCGGAAUUCAUGGAACAACUAAGUUAACUUCAUAUUUUAGCCUCUUGACAUAUUGUAUGGUUUCGAAGACCGAAAAGCUCAUGCUUGGCCCUUAUAUGCGAUCUUUAUGGGAUCUCUUCCAUCCACGCUUGUCUGAACCCAGUGUUCCAGCUCAUCACAAUAAGCAUUCUUUGCUAGCUUUCUGGCAUCAUUCGAUUCUGGAUUGUCCUGAAAAUGCACAAAUUGUUGCAAAUUGUCCCGAAAUAACAAGAAAUAUUGCAUUUAAUUAUAUUUUAGCGGAUCAUGACGAUUCUGAAAUAGUAGCCUAUAAUCGAGCAAUGUUACCUGCUUACUAUGGUCUAUUGCGGUUAUGUUGUCAGCAAAGCAGGUCUUUGACACGGCAAUUGGCUGCACAUCAAAAUCUACAAUGGGCUUUCAAGAAUAUCACACCUCAUCCCACACAAUAUCCCGGUGCCGUUGAUGAAUUAUUCAAAUUAAUGAACUUAUUCUCGACAAGACAUCCCGAUGCAACUGAACAGGAACAACAUGAAGUUUCUACUUUUAGAAGAACAACUCUGUCGGCUUACUUAACUGGUCUAGAUGCAAGAGUAUCAUGGGGAACUCUUAUCAAUGCCCUUAGAAUAUUGGUUGACAAUGAUGAAGAUCGACUACUUGUUAUAUACAACGGUGGCAUUGAGAUGUGUUUUGAGGCAUUGCAUACAUUACAUUCCAUGCAUCAUGAAGCUACUGCCUGCCAUGUGUCUGGUGACUUGCAAGAACUCCUCACUGAGCUUGUCUUAUUAGUGACCACACUUCGAAUAAGCACCCGUCUUGAUAGCCCACCAAAAAAGCGCCAGCAACCAUUAGGACAGCAUAAUCUUGUAAAGGGUAUGCCAGAGGCUGUAAAACGACUGGCUACAUUCUUAAACACUUAUAAUCCACAAGAGAUUUGUAAUCUAUCAAUUGAUGUGCUAAGAGAACUAGUACGAAAUCCAAAUUUGGAUAUAACCAGUAUAUUAGCUCCAAUAUUUACCAACUGUCACCUAUCAGCACAAAAUGCACCUAAUUCAGUUGGUCCAUUGGGUCCAUAUUUCCCGCGACGUGGCACAAAAGCACCAUGGCCAUCGCUAUCGAAAAAUGCUCCCCGUCCGCCUCGGCCAAUGGUUCAAAUGAGCAUACCACAUAAUGAAAUUAUUCAACAUGGCGUCGAUAAGGAGUAUGAUGCUCGGUUAGAUGCAUUCUAUAGACCAUACCAUGAUUUUCUGGAUGUUAUGAUGCGAAUGGCCGUGAAUACAAAUCAAUUGAACGAGUCUCUUGUGAAAUUGAGUUGUUUGGCAGCAAUUGAGGCAGCUCCUUUACAUUUUAAUUUGUUUCCCAAAUUUUGGGUUGGAAUUUAUAAUAACAAAAGCACAAACAAGUACGUUGAGUUGCUUUUAGCCAAUCCAAAUUUAAUUGAAUAUAUUCAUAUUGUCUUGAGGGACGAAAGGACAUCGUUGAACGAUCAAUAUGUUCGCAACUUUUUGGAAAUCUAUUACCCUAAGAUCAAAACCAGUCUUCCAAUCUCCCGCUUACUGUAUACGAUUAGCUAUUCUUUACAUGCAAAGGUUGAUCUAGAUGAGCUUUGUGGAGAUUUAUUCGCAAUUCGAGUUAUAGCACAGACCACAGGUGUACCAGCAUCCGUCCGCAAACAACUAAGAGCGUCACUUAAGGCAGUGCUUUCAAAGAAUUCAUGUGAUAUUUCAGAAAAUGAUGAUGUGCGACCCAAGAAGAAACUUAAAUUAAAUCAGCAAAAUUCAAUGGAAGUUACUGAAAAUGAUGAAACUGAAGUGACAAAUACUGAGGUACAUAAUACGGAUGUUAAUCUUCCGGCGACAGUAGAAGUGACGAAGACAACUUCGAAAGAUGAUGAGAAUCCUGCUAUCACUGUGACAACUAUACCCCCAACAACCAGUACGAGUACUACAAACACAGCCGCCGCCGAAACCAGUAGUAGUACAACGCAGCAAAAACCAUCCCUCUCAACAUCAAUUGCUUCAUCAAAUACAACCGAAGAAGAGAGUAAGCCUCUUGAUGAGAGCAACGAUGCUGACGAUGAAGAUGACGAUGAUGAGGUUAAAGAACUUCGAAGGCAAAAGGAACUCUUACGAAAAUCGGUUGAAGAAAAAUUAGCAGAGGAACGCCUUAAAGAGCAACAAUUGUUGCAUACCAUUGAAAAUUACAUUAAAUCUAUUCUCGAUCUUAUUCAAGACGAUGAAAUGUCCGAAGAUGAUGCAUCCGCAGACAAUACCCCACCGGCAACAACAUCAGCAACCCAAAAUAUCGUUUCGUGUAGUAGCGCCGCUGCCGUUAAUUCCAACGCCGGCGCCGCCACCAAUCCCGAAUCGAAGAUAAACACAGAAUAGUUAGUUAGAAUAGGCCCAUUUAUCUCCCAUUACGUUUUGUUAUGUUAUAUCUGUUGAAUCGUCUUGCAGAAUCUUAUCACAUUUCCCCUCUCCCCACACAAAAUGAAACUCUCACUGUGUAACCUUUAUUUUUUUGUUUGUGUGUUUUUAUUAUUAUUAUUUUUUUUUUUAUUUUACGACAUUGAUUCUUAAAGAUUUUAUAUGCUCCUGCUUGAUACAUUUACGUUAAGAAAAAAAAAUUGUAUUAUAUUGGUUAAAUUAUUUAUUCAUUAAAAAAAAAAAAAAACAAACUUUGAAAAAAUUUCUUGAUAAAUGAUAAGAAUUCGUUUAAGUAACGACGUGUUUGUUAUUAAAAAAAAAAAAUACAUAUAUAUUAUAAUAAAUAUUUUUUUAUCAUUUCUCUUUGAAUCACCCCCGUUCUAUAGAUUUAUAAGCAAAUAAACGAAUGCAAGAAAAAUUAAAAUAGAAAAAAAGAGAACGAAAGAGAGAAAAAGCGUGUACGAUUUGUAAUUAUUUUAUUCUUUACGGUUUUUUAUAUAUCAAUACACCCUUUUUUUAAAAGAAAAUAAGAGAGUGAAAUUUUUAACUCCAAGUGCUUUGGCAAAACUAAAGAAAAUUAAACAAAAAAAAAAAAGAAAUGAAAACUUAAAUCUAAGACCAUUAAAAAGCAACAAAAAAAAAAGUACUAAAAUUGGUCCAUAGUUCUACGGAUCAGUUUGAAUAACUUAAAAUAAGCGAAACAAAAGAA